AUGGCUUCUGCUAGUAGCUCAGCUCAGUCAGCCUUUGGACUGGGGCGCAGGAAGCAGGCUCCAGGGCUCCUGGAUCAGAUUGGGAAGUUCUUUGGAGGGGACAAGAAGAAGAAGAGCAAGGGGUCUUUCCGUGGAGCUUUGUCCUCCUCCCCUGCCAGGCCGACCGCGGCGUCCCCUCGCAAGCGCGGCGCAGAGAACGCAGUGGUGCACUUCUUCAGAGGCAUUGUGUCCCCUGCCCCUCCCAAGUCUAGGGGGUCUCAGAAGUCGCAGUCUGCCAAGGCUAAGAAGGCCAGCCCUACUGAUGGCCAGGGAACUCUGUCCAAGAUCUUCAAAAUGUGAUGACACCACACAUUCAGGAGGAAGUCGAAGUGCUUCUCCAGCCAAACGCUGAGGUCCCUGUCUGCACCCCUUUCAACAGCACCUGGGCAGAUGUCAUAACUAAGGGACUACAGUGG